AUGGAUCUGGUGGAGGGUUUCAGAUCAUCGAGCUGGGAGCAGGAGUCGUACCCGGCGUACGAGGACUUCCUGGCGCUGCCCUUCUUCGUGCUAUUCUUUCCCACCAUCAGAUUCUUCCUCGAUAGGUUCGUCUUGGAGACAUUAGCUGUGCGGCUUAUACCUAAAACAGUGCAUGAUGAAAGAGAGAGGAAACGAAAAGCCAAAAAAUUUAAGGAGUCAGCAUGGAAGUUUCUUUACUUCUGUUCAGGAGAGCUUCUGGCCAUUUAUGUUACAUACAAUGAACCAUGGUUCACAAAUACCAAAUACUUUUGGGUCGGACCAGGAGAUCAGGUUUGGCCUGAUCAAAAAAUAAAAUUAAAACUUAAGGCCGUGUACAUGUAUGCUGCUGGGUUCUACACAUAUUCUAUUUUUGCUCUCAUAUUUUGGGAAACAAGAAGAUCUGACUUUGGCGUUUCAAUGUCUCAUCAUGUAGCAACUGCAGUUCUGAUUGUGCUCUCUUAUAUAUUCAGAUUUGCUCGGGUUGGUUCAAUUGUUUUGGCCCUACAUGAUGCAAGUGAUGUGUUUUUGGAGGUGGGAAAGAUGUCCAAGUAUACUGGAACAGAAUGGCUUGCUAAUAUUUCUUUUCUUAUGUUUGUUGCAUCAUGGGUUAUACUUCGUCUUACAUACUUUCCAUUCUGGAUCCUCCGAAGCACAAGCUAUGAAGUCGUCCUGACCUUGGACAAGGCAAAGCACAAAUUUGAAGGACCCAUAUAUUAUUAUGUAUUCAACACUCUGCUCUUCUCGCUGCUUGUUCUUCACAUAUAUUGGUGGGUUUUAAUGUACCGAAUGCUUGUAAAACAAAUCCAGGCUAGAGGUCAAGUUGGUGAUGACGUCCGAUCAGAUUCAGAAGGGGAAGAGGAACAUGAAGAUUGAUCGGUGAUAUCUUCUGGCUAGUGUUUACAAGAUUCUGUGGCAUUCUUUUUGCAUAUCGAUUUCUACCUCGCACUAUUGUGCCAGCGACAAUUUAUAUAGUUGGCUUGCAAUUUGCAAAUUCCAGAGAAAGAUCAGCCAUUUCUCUAUUUUCAGGUUAAUUUCCAAUUAAGCUUCACUAAAUGGAAAGAAAAAAAAUGAACAUCUUCAGCGUACUUCAGCUUUAGUUUGGUGAGUAGUUGCUAUUCGACUAGAAGGAAUCCUUGUCGAUUGUGUCUGCAAACGGUGGAGGCUUACUGCGAUUCUGUGUUGCUUAUAGAUGGCCAUGUGCUUCAUUGCAACAGUCUUUUUUUCCCUUUUAAUUUUAACUAGAGCUAGUAGUUCAUGUUCUAUUAUCUGGCUUUUUUAAAAAAAUUUGGUGACAACAAUUUUACUCUUUCUCAUUUUAUUUUGUUUUUUAAACUAGAAUCCAAUUUAGCAAA